AUGGCGGAAAAGUUGCUACACGUGACGGCGCUGGCAGGUGGCGAGGCACUGCUGCCAUGCGACUUGUCCCCAGACAAUGACUCAGUGGCACUGGUGUUGUGGUACAAGGAUGCCCUGCCCACGCCGGUCUACUCGGUGGAUGCCCGGCGCGGGGACGUGUCGCAGGCGCGACACUCAUCCAUCGCCUGGGGAACGCGCGCCUACUUCGUCACCCAGCCGACGCCUGGGCUCAGGCUGCAGGACCUCGCGGUGACGGAUUCGGGCGUCUACAGGUGCCGCGUCGACUUCCGAAAAGAUCGUACACGCAACCACGAGACUUCGCUGCUUGUCAUCGAACCGCCAGGAACACCGGUGAUAAGAGAAGCCGCUGGUGACCGGGAGCCUCUACGAAGUCUCAUCGGUCCCUACAAUGAAGGAGACAGCCUGGGACUCGUGUGCGACGUCGAGGGUGGGGUUCCCGAGCCCAGUGUGACCUGGUGGAGGGAGAGCGUGCCGCUGGAAAGCGUACUCACUGAGCAUCGGCCGGGAAUUCGCCGCAGUGCUCUUGGACCGUUCGUACUGCGGCGUCAGGAUUUGAUGGCCGUGCUAGUGUGCCAGGCGUCGAACUCCAACCUCACGUCACCGCUCACAACAUCUGUGACGCUUGACAUGAAUUUUCGACCACUCGAAGUGAGCGUGGAGGCGGUGAGCCCCACGUUGGAAGCCGGCAAAACGGGCUGGCUUUCGUGCCGCGCCGUCGGCUCGCGCCCUCGGUCGCGCAUCACGUGGUUACUGGGCGAUCAAGUGCUCACCGGUGCGCGACAGAACGAGUCUCUGGACGGCAACGUGACACUGUCGUGGCUCGCACUGCGCCCCACUGCACGGCACCACGGUCGCAUGCUCCGAUGCCGGGCCGACAACGACCUCAUCCCGGGCUCUGACAUCUUCGCCGAGUUCAGACUACAGGUCCUCUUUCCUCCAAAGCUGACGCUACGUCUCGCGUCAAGCCUGCGUCGGUCACAGCUGCGUGAGGGUCAGGACGUGUACCUGGAAUGUGUUGUCGACGCGAACCCUCCAGUCUCCGAUGUCAGCUGGUGGUUUGGUGACCGCGAGCUUUUCACGGACUCCACGGGAGGCGUACUCGUCAACAACCGGUCGCUUGUGCUCCAGAAGGUGCGCCUUGACGCAAGAGGGCCAUACAGCUGCAGUGCCGCGAAUUCCCAGGGGCAGGGAUCCAGCAACACACUCUUUCUUAACUUCCAGUAUGCACCAGUCUGCCGCCGCGGACAGCAGCAAGUGUACGGCGCGGCGUCAAACCAGCCAGUGCGGGUCAACUGCGAGGUGCAGUCCGAGCCGGCUCCGACGUCCUUCCACUGGCGACUCGGCAACGAGUCACUGACAAACUUCACCAGCUUCGGUCACACGAGCCACGCGACCUUGGUGCUCCGCCGCGUGCCCCAAGAUCUCGGCAAAAGGCUGCUCUGCUGGGCCACGAACGAGCUCGGCACGCAGCGAGAGCCGUGCGCCUUCAGCCUGGUGCCCGCGCGGAACCCGGAUCCCCCGCGCAACUGCAGCCUGCAGAACCGCACUGCCAGUGCGUUUGCUGUAGAAUGUGAACCGGGGGACGACGGAGGAAUGCCGCCCGUGUAUGUGCUUCAGGUGCUCGACCAGUUCAACAGGAGCCUGCUCCAUGUGAAUGCCACAGACCGCCCAGCCUGGACUGUGAGCGGUCUGAGUAGCGGCACACGUCUGUCUCUCGUGCUGUACGCCGUUACCUCAAAAGGUCGCAGUGCGAUGACGUUACUUCGCGCCAAGACACUGGCUGGUUCUCAGUCUCUGACCGAGCCGUUGUGGCCCGGCAGCCUGAGCCCGAUCCUCGUGGCGCUCAUCGCUUGCGCCGUUGGGCUGGUGGCCGUCGCAUUCCUCGUCACGCUUCUGCUGCGCUACCGCAGCGCUAAAGAGCGACACAAACCGGAACCGAUCAAGGGAGACGAUGAGUUGCAAAUUGCACCUCUUCACCAAUAUCCCGAUGGUGUGUUGAAACUCCGCAGCCCCCAAAGUGAAGAAAAGUGCCCGGAUGUCGUUCUCGACGUAAGUGGCAGCGAAGAGAGGCUCAAGGUAGAAGAAGAUCGCCCAUCUGAAGCCGUGCGGUGGAAAGGCUGGACAGAAGCUGAUGCUGAAAAUGAUAAAGCGACGCUCGGACGACCUUCACCGCAGAAUUACCAGUCCAGAAAUGGAGGACAGACUCGAGCCGUGCUCACCGAAUCAGUGCCCACUUUGGUCUCUACGGCUGGCGCCGUGUCCGCCGUUGCCGUGCCGUCCACCUUGUGCGCCGAGGCGAGUGUGGAAGAAGUCGUGUCGGAAUGCGUGGUUGUUCCGCCUCCGCUCAAGUAUCGUCAGACAAUUGUGUGAGAAGCGACGAAGGACGCUGUCCGCCAAGUACUACAUCGCACACAGUGUCGGUAUUGCCAAUGGGCUGUUCCUCCCGAUUGAACUCUUGACAAGGUGGAUUGAGCGCACGAGUGAGCCAUCGCGAAAGGAGAGAAAGCGACAUUACGAAAAGGACAGGGCCGAAUACGUCGAGUUAUCGUCCCUUUCUGGACAGUGCUGCGAAGUGGUUAGAUACGGAAACCAGCCUACAAAUCGCUCUUGUUUCUUCUACUUGCAUUGUCGAUCCUACUCGGGGUUGCAGUUUUAUGAAGUGUGGUCCUCUUCACUGGUGAUAAUUUACAAGGAUUGACAUGAUUGUCGACGCAUAAAGUGCAAAAUGGGAAAAAAUAAUGGCAGGGGCAGUACAACAAACUGCGUGAACAGUGCGGGAAAGGAACAUACAUUUUCAUUUCUGUCACUCACACUGGAAACCGUUUAAACACUAUCUAUUUGGUCAGAGUCUGGGAAUAUCGACUUUUUUUUACAUACUGUCUGUCAAGUAAGCCGAAACCAUACUUUGUUCAAGCAUUUACGAAUGACCAUUUUGUGCACAAUUUGUCUUGCUUCGUUGGAGUUUAUGUCUAGUACGGCAACAAAUUUUUUUUCGUUCUGAAUCACUUGUCGAAGGAAGACUGAAAAUUCAGUAGUUUUUUUAGCUGUCUUGUGCUACUGCCUGAUGCACUUGAUUAAUAAGCACUGAUUUCGUAAGACAGUCAUUCAACGAAUGCGUUAGCUUAAGUUACCUAAAAGUGCACACUACAUGUCGCACAGAUUUGAGCGGCCAAAACGUUACAAAAUCAGCUAUGCUAAAGUGUACGUAAACUUUAUUUCAUACCCCAAGUGAAAGCAGACAUUGCCGUAACAGUUGUACAUAUAGUGCAAACUUUAAAAAAUUGGCAACCCAGACUAAAUGUUUACAAGGGCACUUUAAGCUUGUUUAUAUUUUAAACAUAUCAUGGUAACCGCCAAACUGGCAAUCACUGCGUCCAUCUGUUAAGACAUCGGCAUUUUAAUGUUCCAAGCCGGCGUGAUGGCCAUACAUUAUAAGGCUUCAGUGGGUAUGGCGUGAACGUGACGUUCGCUGCUUUCAAUUUUGUUUCGGUACAUCUCCGCAAAGUAUGCGAAGUACUCCUGUAUGGUACGUUAGUACGAGGAAGACUGCGAUGUUCCGUGAGAGGUUUUUCGAAAAACGUACAUGUAUGAAGAGAUAAAAUAUACUUCGUUGUAAAGACAGCCUUUCUGCUACAAUGAAAAUGAUAUGCAGCCAAAAUGAUACAAUGUCCAGCUAGCUGCUAUGAAUUUACGUUUCAUGCAAUAUAUAUAAAAGAUGGACUUCUGCGAAUAAGCAUUACGCUAAGCGGAUAAAGAAAACUUGCCAGUAUGAAUUUCAAAUAGAGGAUUAAACACAUGGGUAAAAACACUGUAAAGCCGGCUUCUCGUUACAUACCAUGAAGUCGCCUCAUCUUCUACCAAUAAUGUCUUGGCCUUAAGCCACCAUAUUGCUGCAGGACUUGGUUUUCAGGAAGUCCAACUCUCAGAAUCCUGGUACGCAGAUUUCGUUGUUACAUAGAACAACCCAAUAAAUCCGAACCUUACCGUUGAUCAUAUACGCUGGUAGUCGUUUUAGUCAGUGGUUCACUGCAAUAAAAAUAUUACGAAAAUGUCUGCAUGAAGUGAAUUAUCUGCGACUUUUCGAGUCCAAAAAAUGUGACUGAUAAUUUCCGUUUUAUAACAAAUAGAGGAGAGAUAAGUUAUAUUUAUAUUUCAAAAUGUCAAAAGAGCCUCCACUAUACAUUACUAUCCAGCUACUGAUUCCGGAAAGAAUAAAAAAAUAACGCUAUGGUGGAAUUCCCGAGAUAUGGCUUAAACAUUGCGUUUCAAAACAGCAGUGAAAAGUUGUCGCAGAAAUAUAAGAAAACGCGACAAAUAUAUAGGCCACUGUAUAGUGCCCAUUUAC